UAAAAACGUAUUUGCACGCUAUUACAACAUGUUAUCAACCAAUUUUCGUUCUCUCCUUGAGAGACUCGUCUGAAAUUAAAGCCUUAUGUAUGGUUUUUCGUGUGUACGCGGUAUAAUCUAUAUGAAAGGCAGACGUGAUCUUCUGCUGCGACCUUGGAGCUAUUUAGUGUUCUUUGUCAAUGUAACCAACGUAUCCCAUCCACUAUUUAAAAUGAACAUUUAUUUUCUUCAUUUAAAGAAUUACUUUUAGAAAGAAAAAGAGUUUUUAAAUAUUUAAAUUUAAAAAAGUUUGAUGUUAUCCAUACAAUGAGCAAGGAUCGUGAUGGUACAUUAUACAACAAGUCGGAUUAAGGACUCUUUAGUCACGGGCCGAGCGUAGCGGACAGUUUUAUCAAUGUGCUGCAUACCAUCCUUUUUCUACUACCUAUAGAUUUUGCAAAACAGCACGAAUGCCGCGUGAUGGACGAAGUGACCGUCAGGCUGACAAACGUUAAAAUACCAUGGCUAAAGUCUACCAAAAACAUCCGAUCUCUCUCAAAACCGUGACUAAAAUGAACGAGUAACUGAAACAUUGUAAUUUUUUUACCUUUUUCUAUCUCCUCCUAACAAUUAGCAGCCCUGUUCACCUAAUUGUUUUAACUUUAAUUUCUCUGUUAUAAAUAUUAUUCGAGUUCCCUUUUCAAUAAAUGCACUCUAUCAGGUUGACAUUUCGUCAAAAUUUUUGUCUACUCCCUGCCCAGUUAAAUUAUCUCUCAAAUUAGAUUUCUUAUUGUUUGCAUAUUUCUGGGUAUUUAUGGUGAAUUACUUCUUAAUGAUAUACUAAUUUAAAUUAUGCUUAAUAAAGGCAAAUUAGUUCAGCAAUUUUAUUUUAGCCAGCGCAGAUCAAUCAAAAAACGACGUAGGAAAUUUAGUUAGUUUUUUUAGUACUCGACAAAAUUUAAACUAACAUAUCUCUACUUUAAGGGUUCGCUUGUUUGCCAGAUCGCCGGCGCAUGCAACAUGAAACAUUUGUUCAUAAGAAAAAACACUAAUUGACAAAACAUCUUCCUCCAAAAAAUUAUCGCAAGUUUGAAAGAAAGUAUUUACCUACCGAAUGUCAAUUGUUAAAAUAAUGUUACAAGACCCAACGAGAAUAGAACGAACAAAGCAUUUUAGUGAUACAAUAAAGCUUUGGCGCCCUUUAAAUUCGUUUAGACGAACACAGCAAUCCUUUUCGGAUUUUACAACCAUUUCGUUACAGUGCUCGUGGAUCACUAACCCGCUUAACGUCUGUACCAUUUUCGUCCAUUAUUCGCAUCAAUUCGUGCAAAAAAGUGGCCGCACAAACCAAUGUCACAAUGAUUUCCGACACAAUGGGAAACCCUAACUAAACAGCACCGCCUUUGUUUAUAUAAAUAUUUAUAAUAAAUUUGGUGCGGUUUUUAUGCAGAUGGACAUGAUACUCUCAAUCAUUUUUGUGAUUUUGUUGCGUAUAUUAGUUUUUGUGACCACUAUGUCUGGGGUGACACCAAAUGGAGAAGUUUUUCUUUGCUUGCCUGAAGAUACGGUUUGUCCCACAAUUGGCCAUCUGGGCUCGGAUAUUAUUGAUCCUAGAAUUGUAACUCCUACUGGACUUUGCCCGUCUGGAUUUUAUCCAUGUUUUGGAAUCGACCCAAAGUGCGGCCAACGCCUGAUCGCAGACAUCUCGACGGAGGACGGUGUAUCCGAUCCAGGAGGUUACCCUUGGCAAGCAUAUUUGAGAAAUGUCACGCACAUAUUCUCCGGUAGCGGUGCCCUUCUCGACUCCUUCCACGUUUUGACGGCAGCCCACAAAAUCGCCAGUAUCGAGGAUCAACCGGAAGAUCUUACUGUGUAUUUUGGAGUGUGGAAUCCGUCAAACCUGAAGGACACUCAGAGUUCCAUCGUGGCCGAUAUAAGGAUACACCCCUCAUUCAACUCUAAAACUUUGUUGAACGAUAUAGCUAUAUUGCGACUGCGCCAGCCGAUCGUAUUUGGGAUCCAUAAUACCAUAAACACAAUCUGUUUGCCCGAAUAUGAAACCGAUUUCAUAGGUUCGCUGUGUUCAGUCGCCGGUUGGGGACAAUCGUCCUUCAAUUCUUUAGACGCGCCCACCUCACCCCAAAAGCAAGUAACGGUGAAAGUAGCAGACGCGAAAACUUGUAGGGAUUCUUUCGCCAAGCCGAACUUGUUGGGCACAAAUGUAGAUGUUUACCUCGAUCAGGUGGGUGAAAUCUGCGCAGGUGGUGAGGCCAUGAGAGAUGCCUGUACGCAGGACGGCGGCUCGCCCCUGGUAUGUCCUGGAUCCGACGGCAAACUUAAUGCAGCUGGUUUAGUUAUUUGGGGCAAAAACUGCGGUCAACCAGGGGUAUACGGAGUGUACGUAAACUUGCCUUACUAUAGCAACUGGAUCCAGACGACCAUCGAAAGCUUGAACGUUUUAGACAACGUAGUCACCUCCAACUACAAACGGCUUACUUUAAUUUGAACUAUAACAAUUUAACAAUUGUUUGAGAGUUUGAAAUUCGACUCAGGAAUUCUAGUGAACAGAUGUUGGACUUCAGUGAUACAAGAAUACCAGGCAUUGAGAACUCUUGGUUAGGUUCACACUGCUUGAUCUGUGUGUAGACUUAGUUAUUAUAUUGCAAUAACUUUACCUUCUAAAAUGCCUUUUCCGCAAAUUAUAAGUAGGUGCAUUUGGCAAAAUAAUAGUAUGAUCCUGUGUAUCACUUACUUUUGAAAAAGUGAAAAUUGUAUAACGUCCAGGUUUUUGCGAUGGAAACUUUUAGAUAUCUUUCUCAAUCAUAGAAAGGAACUUGAGGAAUUUGAGUGAUGUUGUAGUACACAACAAGUGAGUUGUGUUAGUGCAGUUAAUGCUGGAUUCACUUCUAUUUAUUAUUUUCACCAAUAUUGAAUAGACGACAGAUGCAGCAUAGAAAUUGCUUGGAUGUGAUAUUGAGAAUAAAAAAGGCUUUUAGCUUUGCUUCUAUUUCCGAGAUAAUUUAUCUUUAAAUACAAAUAAUAUUUUCCGGAAGAUUGUAACUCUGUUGU